UAAUCACACAACCCAAAAAUCCGAACAUGGCCUCCGAUCAAAACCUCUUCCACUAUAGCCUCCUCUUUCUCUACCUCAUCGGACCACCCACCUACGUCUCCCUCCGCUUCCUCCAAGCCCCAUAUGGCAAGCACCACCGUCCAGGGUGGGGCCCCACCAUACCCCCAGCCUUGGCCUGGUUCCUCAUGGAAAGCCCCACCAUCUGGCUCACCUUCCUCCUCUUCCCUUCAGGCCAACACCACUCCAACCCAAGAUCUCUCAUCCUAAUAUCACCCUUCCUCCUCCACUACCUCCACAGGACCUGCGUCUAUCCUCUCCGCCUCUAUUUCAAGACCCAUCACCGGAAAACCACAGAAGGUGAUCCUUCCGACAGGAAAAGCGCUAGUGGUUUGCCGGUCAGUGUUGCCCUGAUGGCCUUCGCAUUCAACCUUCUGAAUUCUUACUUGCAAGCAAGAUGGGUCUCUCACUAUGCCGAGUACGAUAUUGACCGAUGGUUUUGGUGGCGGUUUUCCGGCGGGUUGGCGAUUUUUAUAAAUGGUAUGGCGGUGAAUAUUCAGUCAGAUAUUGUAUUGGUGGGCCUUAAAAGCCAAGGUCGUGGGUAUAAGAUACCAAGGGAAGGGUGGUUUGAGUUGGUGAGCUGUCCAAAUUAUUUUGGGGAGAUUGUGGAAUGGUUGGGCUGGGCUUUUAUGACUUGGUCUUGGGCCGGGUUUGGGUUUUUUCUGUACACGAGUGCCAACUUGGUACCCAGGGCACGUGCGAAUCACAUGUGGUAUUUGGAGAAGUUUGGAGAGGAUUAUCCCAAGGAUAGGAAAGCUGUAAUUCCUUUUCUGUAUUGAGAUAUUAUAUUUCAAUGUGUGCAUGUAAUGUCAGGAUUUUAACUUAUUUUUAAUCAAGUGGAAGAACUUUUCGGAUAUCUUGUUUGUCGUGAUAUUCAAUAAGAUC